UUAGAAUUCCAUUAUAUACUCCGAACCACCGAACCCCACUUUCAGAGUUUCAGGUUGGAGAAACAGGGAACCCUCGCCGUAACCCGAUUAGUGAGUGUUCUGCGUAUUCUUUCAUAUCUCCUUUUCCUUCUCUUCUUCCUUUUCUUCUUCUCCACUAGAAGCCCUAAUUUUUUAUGUCCUAAUUUUCUCUCUUCCACGACAAAGUAUUACAGAGUGAGAAAAUUGUUUAUCCCAAUUGCUUGAUUUGUGCAAAAAUAUAUAAUUUAAACGCUCGUUCUCAAAUUCAUGGCGUCCACUGCUCAUCUUGAAGAGGAGGAUGAUUUUGGAGGUGAUUUACCCGGAAGCCACAGUGCUAGGCGUUCAGGCAACAAGAGAACCUUUGGAGAACUGGAAGAUGACGAGGAUGAUAUCUUUGGCUCCAAGAAGGGUAACUUGAAAGUAGAAGAAACUGCACCUGGUGUGGCAACAGGAAUGAUUUUGUCUCUUCGUGAGAGUCUCCAAAACUGUAAGGAUUCCCUCGCAACAUGCCAAACGGAGCUUGAAGCUGCUAAGUCUGAGAUUCAGAAGUGGCAUUCUUCAUUUCAAAAUGAGUCCUUCGUACCUGCAGGCACAUCCCCUGAACCUAGAUUAGUUGUCAGUUGUCUUCAGACCCUUAAAUCCUCCGAGGAAUCACUGCGAGAACAGCUGGAAAAAGCAAAGAAAAAGGAAGCUGCAUUCCUUGUAACUUUUGCAAAGCGAGAGCAGGAGAUAGCAGAGUUGAAGUCAGCGGUUCGGGAUUUGAAAGCGCAACUUAAGCCACCAUCAAUGCAGGCAAGGAGGUUAUUACUAGAUCCAGCAAUUCAUGAAGAGUUUACACGAUUAAAGAAUUUGGUGGAGGAGAAAGAUAAAAAGGUGAAGGAAUUGCAUGACAACAUUGCCGCCGUCAGUUUUACCCCACAAAGCAAGUUGGGGAGGCAGCUAAUGGUAAAAUGCCGAACCCUGCAACAGGAAAAUGAGGAGAUUGGAAAUCAAGCUAACGAAGGAAAGAUGCAUGAGUUAGGAAUGAAACUUGCCUUGCAGAAAUCUCAAAAUGCAGAACUCAGAAGUCAAUUUGAAGGAUUGUGUAACCAUAUGGAGGGACUGACAAAUGAUGUGGAGAAGUCGAAUGAAAUGGUGCUCAUCUUGCAAGAGAGUCUGGGAGAGAAGGAUGCUGAGAUCAAAAGGUUGAAGGAUGAGCUGGAACGGAGGAACGUGGUGGAGGGGGAAAAGACGGACACAAUUUCAGAUGAGAAAGUGAUGGUGAUGGUAGCUGGUGAAACAGAAGCCUGAGAACUAGUUAACUAAUCUAUUUUGGAGGGAAUUUUUUUUUUUUUUUUUUGAUCAUUGUUCCUCCUCGUCUGUACAUUGUACAUUAAUUUUGGAUUUUGUUUCAUCAUUUGAAUUUUCUUC